CUUUCAGCUACACGUCAUUUGCGCACGGUGCAGCCACCACUCCAGUGCAUCGCACACCGCACCGCUGAAAUCUCUAAUAACCACCACCACCCGAGUACAUAAUUAUUACGUAUUAUUAUUAUUAUAAAAUAUAAUAUCGUARCCGGAGGCGUGUCCGACCACCGCCGCACAAGAGACACAUCGCACGUCUGCGAUCAAUCCGAAUACCGAGUUUGGGAAACUUCUUUGGUGCCAGAGCCCUCAGACCUUCUCGACGUCGUMCACACACAUUGCAAUCAAUUAUAAUAAYAUAAUACACCGUACCUACCCCGUGGAAUCGCUGCAGGACGGUCACUGCAACUAUAAUAAUAAUAAUAUUCAUAUUAAUACACUCCGUCACCAUCAUCAUCAUGCGCAGCACCCUUUUGUUGUUGGCCGUGUUCAUGUUGUGCGCGUGCAUCGCAGUGGGUCAGGUGAACUUCACACCGACGUGGGGCCAGGGCAAGAGGAACGCACCGGCGUCCGACGAGUGCAAGUCCAUGGACACGCUCAUCUACAUCUAUAAGCUGGUCCAGAACGAAGCGCAACGGAUUGCAAUGUGCGAACGUAUGUCCAUCACGUCYUGAACAACCACAGUUUUGCAAGAGAUGACCGCCACCAUAUUACACCAUACGCCAGCCAUAGAUCAUCGUUAACGACGGGACUUAACCUCAUACCAUGACACUCUGUCAGCCACAGUGUAACACAUUUUUACUUUUAGUCACAUUAUCAAGAUGGUAAUAAUUAUAAUAAAAAUAACAUAAUAAUAAAAAA